CCCCAAAGCAUUUGAACAAAAGCUGCUGGCCAGACCUGGACAGGUCGUUGGUUGCCACAAGAUGGCAUGUGAUGAUGUCAGCUUGCGUCCACACAUUGAUAGCUAUCUCGGCUUGACCGGAGGCAGCAUAAGCUAUAUCGGCGGACUUUGUUGCCCAAUCUCAAGCUCCACGUCAGCCACGAGCCUCGAAAAAGCAUUUGAAGAUGCUGUGCUUAACCGUCCGUAGCACUUGGUGUCUUGAGAGGAAGGCCCUUGGCUGACCAACUCAACAACUUUGGUGGGUUGGUAAGAUAGGAUGAUGCUCCUCCUUUCAGCGGAGCCCUGCAAAACAUACGCGUAAGGAACUAAAGGAACCCUUCACCCGUGGCGUCUUGUGUGCAUGGGGCUCCUUGGAGCUUGUGCUUUUGGAGGCGAAAGGUUCUUUCGUGCAUGGGACCUUGCGCCUAUCCGUGCCUGACUUUGAGGUGAAAUAAAAGUCUGACUGUUCUC